AUGGCGUUCGGUUGUAGUAUCCGUGCAUUUCAACAUCAUAUUCGACCGGUUAUUUGUAUUGAUGCUGCUUUCUUAAAGGGUCGAUAUUUGGGUCAACUAUUUAUUGCUGUCGCAUUAGAUGGGAAUAAUCAAAUAUAUCCGCUUGCUUUUGGCAUUGGUCCCAGGGAAGAUCAUGACACGUGGUGCUGGUUUUUAACGAAGUUGCGGGAUUGUAUUGGUGAGGUACCUCAGUUGGCCAUCAUUUCAGAUCGACAUGUCAGCAUAUUUUCUGCAUUGGCUGAAGUUUUUCCUGGUGUGCAUCACGCCAAGGCGUACACUGAAUUUGAAUUCCAACAGGUCAUGAAGUCACUGUCCCGUUUGCACCCUGAGGCAAUUGCAUACCUGCAUGAAGUUGGUUUUGAUCGAUGGGCACGAGCAUAUUUUCCAGGCCAUAGGUACAAUGUAAUGACUACCAAUAUUGCUGAGUCGUUUAAUGCCUUGGUCAAACACGCUCGAGGUUUACCUAUUACUAUGCUGAUCGAGUUCAUUAGAGAUGCUUGUACCAGUCCAGUCACACCUUGGGUUGAAGAUAAGAUCGCAAAACGUGUACGAAAGUCUUCAAACUUAGAAGUGCGUCCUAUAACAACUGAGCGAUAUCAAGUUCUUGGUAGUGGCCAAUCCCAAUAUGAUGCCCUGGUAGAUCUGACGGAGCAUACAUGUACUUGUAGAAAAUUUCAAUUAUCAAAGAUUCCUUGCAUGCACGUUAUUGCUGUAGCCAGAUAUAUGAAGCUUACAACUUGCCUUCAAUGGGUGCAUUCAUACUACAACACAGCUUUUUAUCGAACAGUGUAUGCAGACGCAGUCAAUCCAUUAGGAGAUCAGUCAGAGUGGCUUCAUCCGGAGGAGGCAACUGUUAUCCACCCACCAUAUGUGCAUCGUCGUCGUGCAGGACGUCCAGCAAAUAAAAACAGACGGCCUUCUCAAGGAGAGGUUGUUGAACAACUUAUCUGUAGCCGAUGUCAUCAACCUGGACAUACAAGACAAAACUGCAGAAGCCCUAUUCCAGUACCUAGUUCUGUACCAUCAAGUUCAGGAAGAAAGAAGAAAGAUGGAAAAUAA